CAUCAUCCUGAGGUGCUCGAACAGACACGAUCGAACGCUAGACCGCUCGCUCACUGACCGUGGCUUAUGCUUCUUACCAAGGCUCUUGCGUCGUUUCUCUUGUUCCUCCAAGGUGCUACGGUGCCAAGAUAUCAGCACCAAAGCAGUUGCCUAAGCUCCCAAGUCUGUGCUGCAUGUCACUUCCUUACUCCGCCUCGUGACAGCCCGCCUUUUGGCCCAUCAAUCCCCGACGACGAUUACCUUUUUUGCCUGUCCGCUCCUCGCUACACCUUAGUCCGCUCCUCUUCUUUCUAUCUCCGUGUUUCUCUUUUUUUUUUCUUUUUUUCCCACUCUUCCCUUUUUAACCAUCAACCAUCCCUCCUCGCCCAGACCUUUCGGGGGUUUAUUACUUGUGUUGCUUCUUCCUUUCGUCGCAGGUUUCUCUUUUUCGGAACUUGUUCCUUUUUCUUAGGGUACCUCCCAAAUCCACAACGCGGUUGCAUGCGCUUGUCUCGCUUUCGCUCCUAAUCCGUCAGCCAAAAACCCGUUGUUCGACCUAAAGCGAUCGACCCUCUCUCUCCCACCCCAAGAACGUCAUCCACAUACCGACGGCCGCUUUGUCGCGCCCCCCCCCCC